UGGGUGGCCCGGGAGCUGGCACAUUCUCCUGGGCUACGGUGGGGAACAGCAGGGCCGGCACGGGGGCAGGAUGCUUCAGCUGCUGGUUUCUGGCUGUGCCCGAGGCCUAAGGGCCGGCGUGGGCGUGCGGGGGCUGCUUCCCCUGCACCCAGCGAGUCCUGCUACAGGGCUUGGCAACCCAGGCCUCAGCCCGAGCCGCCAAGCCUCCAACACUCCCCGGAACCAGCCUCCCAAAGCUGAUUUCGUGGCCCGGUCAGUGGGCAUCUGUUCCAUGAUGCGGCUGCCCGUGCAGGCCUCCCCCGAGGGACUGGACGCUGCCUUCAUCGGGGUGCCCCUGGACAUUGGGACCUCCAACCGGCCCGGGGCAAGAUAUGGACCCCGACGGAUCCGGGAGGAAUCAGUGCUGCUUCGCCCGGCCAACCCCAGCACGGGAGCCCUCCCCUUCCAGUCCCUCAUGGUCGCAGACCUAGGAGAUGUGAAUGUCAACCUUUACAACCUUCAGGACAGCUGCCGCCUCAUUCGAGAGGCCUAUCAGAAAAUCGUGGCAGCUGGCUGUAUCCCUCUGACCUUGGGUGGAGAUCACACCAUCACAUAUCCCAUAUUGCAGGCGAUGUCAGAAAAGCACGGCCCCGUGGGGCUGGUGCAUGUGGACGCGCACAUGGACACGGCGGACAAGGCCCUGGGGGAGAAGCUCUACCACGGGUCGCCCUUUCGCCGAUGCGUGGAGGAGGGACUCUUGGACUGUAAGCGCGUGGUGCAGAUUGGCAUCCGGGGCUCUUCCCUGACCUUGGACACCUACAGCUAUAGCCGGAGCCAGGGCUUUCGGGUGGUCCUGGCUGAAGACUGCUGGCUGAAGUCACUGGUUCCUCUGAUGGGGGAAGUGAGGCAGCAGAUGGGAGGCAAACCCAUUUAUAUCAGCUUUGAUAUUGACAGCUUGGAUCCCGCCUAUGCCCCAGGGACGGGGACACCUGAAAUUGCUGGCCUGACCCCGAGUCAGGCUCUGGAGAUCAUCCGAGGUUGUCAAGGCCUGAACGUGGUGGGUUGUGAUCUUGUGGAAGUUUCGCCGCCAUACGAUCCUUUUGGAAACACGGCCCUCCUGGCGGCUAACUUGCUGUUUGAGAUGCUGUGUGUUCUCCCCAAAGUGACAGUCGUCUGAACAUUGUGCUUUUCAAGAUAAAACAACAGAUUGCACGGCCACCAAAUUCUCCAGAAGAAUUUAAGUGCAAGCCGUCUGUGUGCUGGAGAGUUUAUGCCAAUAAAACUUUGUUAAAGUGUCA